GCAACAGCUAAACUUAUUGUGUGGAUAUGGAGGUGGACAAGCUGAUACGGUGGAUGCAAGAGCAGGAGGGGAAACGAGAAGCCAGAGAGGUGCAGAGACAGGAACAACUGGCUCAGUUUUUCGGCACACUGGUGACUAAGAUGAUGGCACCAGGGAGUACGGAGGCCACGGUGGCCAGGAUGUUUGCAGUCCAGCCCAAGCUCCUGAAAAUGACGACUGAAGAUGACCCUGAAGCGUUUUUAGUAACGUUUGAAAGAAUGGCGGAGGCAGCAGCUUGGCCAAAAGAGCUGUGGGCAUUGAAACUGGCCCCAUGUCUCUCCGGAGAAGCUCAAGCCGCUUACAGAGCACUGGACACGGCAGACGCGCAAGAUUACCAGAAAGUAAAAACCGCUAUCCUGCAACGCUUGGGCAUCACAGAGGAAAGCUAUAGACUGCGCUUCAGGGGAUAUACCAUCCCCUUGGGGACUAAACCCCGUGUGGCAGCUCAAACCCUCCGCCACUUCUGCAAACGGUGGCUGAAAACAGAGAGCAGGAAUGUUGAGCAAAUCACAGACUGUCUGGUGGUCGAGCAGCUGUUACAAGUAAUACCAGCUGGAGUGGCAGCCUGGGUCCGAAGAAAUCAACCACAGAGCUUGGAGGAAGCUGUUUGCCUGGCAGAGGCCUACCAGGAUGCUGAAGCGGCUGCAGCCCCAUCGGAAGGAAGCUCAGGAAAGAGGACAAAUACAUCUCCUAAGGACAUACAAAAAAAGGUAAACCCCAAAGAGGGUAACCGGAAACCCCCUUUAUGGGUUCCACGGUUAGCUCCUCGGUGGGUAACAGAAAAAACUAGCCCACCAGAGGAAUUCUGGCGGGACAAACCACGGACAUCCCCAGGCCCCAUCAUUUGUUUCAGGUGCGGAGAACCCGGGCACAUCGCGAGGCAAUGUCAGCAGGAGGAGAUUGAACGUAUGGAAGUCGGGGUGGCGCGCAGCAUUGCGUAUGGUCAUGCCGGCCCGGAUUAUGCCGAAGCAAAGGGGGAAGGUAUGUGAGCCAUCUCACAGGCCAACCCGCAGGGGGUGCAUAUGGUGGGCCGGAGAGAGGCUGACCGGACCCAGCAAACAGCACAGGAGGGAUCACUGGCAGCUCUGGAACCAGCCUGCAAUGAUCAGGAGGAGAUAAGUGGGCUAUGGGCUACAGGUGCUCAUAUUUAGGGACGUUAAUUAAAAUGAAUAGAUUAGUGAUUGCCUCAAUUGGCCAGCACCUGUAGCCGAUGCAGUUAACAAGCAUCUCCUCCAGCCCAGUGAUAUAAAAAGGCUGAGCAGUCACUAGACAGGGAAUCGUGACUGAGGAGAGAAGGACUGAGCCGUGUUGGAACUUGUUGUUUUGAAAAUAGUUUUUUUUUAAACUACUCCUGUGCAAGAUAUAGGUUUGUUUUUUUUGUUUGUUUCCCGUUUUUGAUGCCCUUCAAGACCCAAAAUAAAAGCACACGGAUCCACCAAACCUGUGUUCGCCUGUGAUUAAUUCCACAUUAAAAAGUGGUGCCUGCAUUCAGCA